AUGGCGCAGCAGCAGAGGGUGCUGCCGCAGAGCAAGGAGACCCUGUUGCAGUCCUACAACAAGCGUCUCAAGGAUGAUGUCAAGUCCAUCAUGGAUAACUUCACCGAAAUCAUCAAGACAGCCAAGAUUGAGGAUGAAACACAAGUCUCUCGAGCAACCCAGGGUGAACAAGAUAACUAUGAGAUGCACGUCAGAGCUGCAAACAUUGUGCGAGCUGGUGAGUCCCUGAUGAAGCUUGUGUCUGACCUGAAGCAGUUCUUGAUCCUCAAUGAUUUCCCCUCUGUGAAUGAAGCUAUCAACCAGCGCAACCAGCAGCUGAGAAGCUUGCAGGAGGAAUGUGACAAGAAGUUGAUUGCACUACGGGAUGAGAUCUCCAUUGACCUAUACGAGCUAGAAGAAGAAUAUUACUCUUCCAGGUACAAAUAGGGCAGUGGACUUCUGCCUUAUGACUCCACCCAGUUUGGGGCAGUUAGUCUAGACAAACAAGUAGUUCUUAGAGUACAGGUCUUGAGAGUGUUCCCAGCAAAAUGUCACUCCCGUUUUUAAUUAGGUCAAAUUCUUCUUCUGCAACUAAAAUAGCUGCCUUUUCCUUGUAGAUAUUCUACAGGGAAUAAAUGCCAUGGUGAAGGAAGUAUUCACAGCAGCCAACCCUAGGUGCCUGCUUUUGUUGCCUAGAUUUGACAGAUAAUUUGCUUAGGCUUCCUUUGUAUUAAUUGUCAAAGGAGAUUAAUUUCCUUGGG